UUUUUCGCUUCGAUCUAUCGUCAGGGCGGAAGGAUUCUCCGGCGCCGCACGGGAAUGGGAAGGAUCAGCUUCUUCUUUCUGGUACUCCUCUUUGUGGCAUUCACUGCUGCGAUCUACAACACCGCUAGAUUCAUCGCCGCAAGCGACAGCACUCUCGGCGGCGGGGAGGAGGAGUUCGAUUUCAAUCCCGGCGGCAAGAAGAAGCUCUUCCACACGGUAGUGACCUCCUCGUCGGGAUCUUACGCGCGCUGGCAAUGCCGGAUCAUGUACUACUGGUUCAAGAAGUUCAAGGACCAGCCAGGGUCGGAGAUGGGCGGAUUCACGAGAAUUCUCCACUCGGGAGCUCCGGAUGAUCUCAUGGAUGAGAUCCCGACCUUCGUUGCCGAUCCUCUUCCCUCCGGUUUGGACAAGGGAUACAUAGUGCUCCAUCGACCUUGGGCUUUCGUCCAGUGGCUUCGCAAUGCUACCAUUGAGGAAGAGUACGUUGUUCUACUUUUCUUCGUGUUGCUCGAGAACUUUGGUUACCUCUUUCGCAGCUAUAUCUUCAUGGCCGAGCCCGACCAUCUCAUCACGAAGCCUCUUCCAAAUCUGGCUUCCAGGCUGCGGCCCGCGGCGUUUCCAUUCUUUUACAUCACUCCCGAGAAAUACGAGCGCGAGGUUGGAAAGUUUUUCAAAGGACCUGUGCAAGCUGUCGAUCCGGUGGGAAAUUCUCCUGCGAUCAUUCACAAGGCUCAGCUUCUAAGAAUUGCUCCAACUUGGCACAAUCUUUCGAUUCAAAUGAAGCAGGACCCGGAGACUGAUAAAGCAUUUGGCUGGGUUUUGGAGAUGUACGCGUAUGCUAUUGCUUCCGCUGUUCACGGUGUGAAGCACACUUUGCGUAAGGACUUUAUGAUUCAGCCUCCUUGGGAUACAUCACUGGGAGACAAAUAUAUCAUCCAUUACACAUACGGCUGCGAUUACACUCUGGAGGGUGUUUUGACGUACGGGAAAGUUGGAGAAUGGCGUUUCGAUAAGAGAUCGUUUACAGCAGGUGCUCCUCCGCGAAACUUAACACUGCCACCUGCAAAUGUCCCAGGAAGUGUGGCUAUGCUUGUCAAGAUGAUCAACCAGGCAACAGCUGACAUACCAAACUGGAAAGCUGGAGAGUAGAAACAAAACCGCGCUUUGGUCUCGCGAUUCUAAUUUUUCUCGGGAACUUGGAUAUUCGGGGAAUGUCCGGACCCCGUCCGUGAGUGAGAUAGCACGAGAAGAUAGGUAUCUGUCAAUCUCAGGCGGCAAGGAAGUAUG